CGCAGGUCAAGAGAGGCGCCGUUUGGAGACUCGAUCCGCGACUUCAGUGGCCUGUAGAAGCCCGAGACCGGCGAGCGACAACUGCUACAAUCGCACAAGAGGAUACUUGGACUGAACCAUUGAAAUAUGCUUUUUAAAAUGAGCAACACACUUGAUCUGAAUAUCUUUAUUUCUUAUUAAAAAUAAGUUAUUGUUAUGCAAGGAUAUAACAUACCAAAAAGAUGAUUGUGAACGUCAGCGUGAGCAGGAGAGGCGAGCUUUCCACUGAAACCAACACCCCAUACGGAUUACAGUACAUACAUUUCAUCUGAUUUCCGCUCGGUUUUGGAUUAUAUCGGCUAUAUUCUCCGGGAUGGAGGGUCGUGAUUUCUCCGCUCCAGCACAUCUCCUUUCAGAGCGGGCCACUCUGGUGCAUCGCGCCGCUUCUCGCAUCUCAUCCAGCGGCCACGGCUCGGUGCAACACCCGCCGCACUUUCCACCCGGGAAAUAUUAUCCAUCGCAUUUACCAAUGGCGGCGCAUUCAGGCAGUGGACUGAUGGGCAACUCCUCUGCCUCGUUCAUGGGGACAUUCCUGGCCAGCAGUCUAGGCUCCCCUCCAUCGCACCCACCACACCCCUCCAGACCUCCGUCCUCUCCCUCCUCUCCUUCUUAUCGCGGGGGUCCACACUCCAGCACCUCUCAGAUCUGGUUCCCCCACACACAUGAAGCAGUCCCAGGGUAUCCUCGCUUCUCAGGGAGUCUAGCCCACACCUUUCUUCCCAUAAGCCAUUUGGAACACCAUGCCAACAGCGGGGUGCUCUAUGGGCAGCACCGUUUCUAUGACACACAAAAAGAGAACUUCUAUUUAAGAAGCCUUCCAUCCCAGCCCCCACUCAUCUCAACUAAUCACAGCAUCCAGCCUAUGUCGAGGGUGGGGCCAGGACAAUCCCAGGGCUCAUGUAGCAGGGACAGAGAUGCAGGAAGUGGGGUGAACCUACACAAAGGCCUUAAAGAGACUAGCAUAGACAGAGGUGUGGUAUCAGGCUCCAAGGAAAAAGACAGGCCUAGUAGUAAACAGGACUCUAAAGACCGCCAUCACCACAGUCACCAUCAACUACCCCAUCAUCAUCCGAAUCAACCCCAGCUCCACCCACAACACUCAGUCACUAUGGAAGAGAUGAACAGCCGGGGACACAAAGCUAACCUGUCUAUGGAGUACAAGAAUCAUCUACAGAGCAUGGGAAAGCCUCUUAGUGCCUGUUUACUUAACGGAAAGAUGCAGAACGGUGUCCAGGGUACUGGAGCAAAGGUCUCUAUGACUGCUUGUGGUGGGGAUGGGGUGGGUAGAGGUAAUGUAGGCUCCAAUAGUAUCCAAAGCAGGCAUGUAGGGGGCAGCAGUAACGGGCGCUGCACCAAAGAGGCGGUAAGCGGGGAGAUGCGGAUCAGUGAGCAGCCCCCUAUGGACUGUCUGGAGCGGAGUCAGGCAAUGCAGCAUUCCCUGCCCUACUCAGUUCCUCCUCCAAUGCCCAUGGGCUCUGCUAAUGGAGGUGGGCAUCCAGGUGGCUUCCACUGUUGGCAGCUUCAUCCCAGCCACCCUCAUCACCCACACCACAACCGGCACUCACACCAUCACCCAGACUUCUUCUGCUCUCCUCCGCCAGCCCCCGUUGGAAACCCUUCCUUGCAUGAUAAAGGGAUCAAUAGUGGUGGCUGUAGAGACCCCAAAGUGACUGGAGCCACAUUUGUACCAUUUGUUAGCCAACUUGGGGAAAAAAUUGGAGGCCCCUUCCAGAUGGGCAGCUCUGAGUGCCAGGGGGUUGGGGGUGGAGGGAAUAGUAUCAAGGAGAAGGCCUUGGAAAAGGCUUCCAAUGGGGGACAUCAUGGGAACUGGCCCAGGAAACAGCAGCAAACUCCAACCCAGCAGCAACAUCCCUACAGAAAAGCUGAAAAAGCCCCAGAUUGGAUGCACAACCACCAGCAUCAUCUGCAGCAGCCACAACAGCAGCAGCAGCAGAACCAUUCACAGCAACACCAGACUGUGCGUUCCAGAAGUGCGGAUUGCAUCAACAGUAUGGAAACAGACAUCUAUAGACCUACUCUGGCCCAUGAGCCAAAAGCUGUUCAUCCCUUACCCAACCAACCCAACGCCAACCCCCAAGCCUACAGAGACUGCUCCCACUCUGGGCCUCCAACCAAUCCUUCACCUCUUUCUGGGAAGACCAUAGCCCAGCACACGGGUUCAGGAGGACACGGAAGCUGCUCUAUGCCAAGAGAUGGACAAAAGGUUGCCCGAAUUCGCCACCAACAGCAUGGUAGGGCUGGCCCAGAUACAACUGGUGCUGACCUAAACCAGGCUAAUGGGAACCAGGAGAUGAAGAGGAAUAUGUCUCCUUACGGCUAUAAUAACAACAGCAACAUGCAGCAUCACCCACAUCAGCAGCCGUCAGUGCCAUCUUGGGCCAUGCAACCUCACCACAUGCACUCUGAAGAGGACCAGCACAAAUCUUACAUAGAAUCGAACAGUGGAGCUGCCAACAACAUACAGCCUACACAGCAACAACAGCACCAGGCAUCAGGAAUGGGUCCCCCUCCUCCUCUGCUUCAUCCAGCCCCUCCUCAAAACCAGCAGGAGGUCACAGGCUCACAGGGAGAGAACAGUGCCAUGAAGAACCUUCUGAAGUACAGUAAUCAGCAGCCUCUCCUUCUGUCCCAGAAGAGCCCAUUUGGAGGGCUGGGGAGCCUCAAAACAGGGCCAAAUGGCACCAGCUGCUCUCUUCAGGGGGGCAAGCAAACCCUACCCUCCAGAAAAGGCCAAAGCCAUGAAAACGAGCGAGCUGAUUGUGGGGGACAGGGCAGAGAGAUAGGAGAGGCCCCACAUGUAGAAGGGGAGGUGCGGCAGCCUCCAGUGGGGAUUGCAGUUGCUGUGGCACGACAGAGAGACCCAGCAUGCCAAAUAUCAGGCAACCAUCCCGGCAGCCGUCAGGGGCGGGUGCAGUCUACCAUGAAAGGUACCCCAAGCUCCAUGUACCCCUCAGACUCACCUGGUGAGGAGGAGAGGAAAAGGAUGAGUGAAGAGCAAAUGGGCCAUCUGUGCCUCGACAGAGAACGAGACACUUAUAUCAGGGAUAACAAUAAAAGAGUGGGAUUUACACACAUCCAUCCAUCUAACAGUUGCCAUGGUGACCUCACCUCUCAUAUCAUGGUGCCAGGUGGCACGUCAAUGCAGCCGAGCCAGUUAGGAGACCCGACUGUACAUACGCAUUCCGCUCACCACCACUGGAUGCCACGCACAGGAAGUCCCUCCCUCUGGAUGACGGGUCACUCUUACGGCAUUGGCCACACAGCUUUGCAUCAGAAUCUGCCCCCAGGGUUCUCUGCAGCUAUGCCUACCCCCCUUCAGUCGGUCCUGCCCCUGCCCCAAGACCCUUCUGCCCAACUGGUGGUGCUGCCCAGCGAACCUGCCACACACCCAGCCAGCCACCUUGACAUGAUGGAGCAACCUGGUCUGUGGCCCCCAGUCUAUAGGGCCCGAGGGGCCCACUCCCACAUGCAGCAUCCUGCUGUGUAUCCCCGCUCGCAGUUUCUACGGCAACAGGAGCUUUAUGCUCUCCAGCAACACCAUCAGCAGCACUCGAGUCAUCAGCCUCCACCUCCAUCACAUAGAACACCAAACAACAUGGAGCUACAGCACAGAGCUGGACACAGCCAGGUGCAGAAGAAACCAGAAGAACAGAGCAUGGAGUUAGAAGACAUCCUGUCCGACCCCAGGACUCCAAAACCUGCCAAGUGCUACACCUACGGCCCAUCGGACCAGGUCUCCUCACCUCCCAAAGGCUCCACUGCCCACUUGUCACCCUGCUGUCAGUCCCCUUGUAUGCAACCUCACCCUAAAAGCACACCCUCUACCCCCUGCCCCGCCCCAAGUCCAGUAGCUGCAACGCCCUGCUCACCCGCCAUCAGCCCUUCCCCAAUGCAACUGUCCAAAGCUGCAGAUUCCCAGGACAGGAGGGUGGAAGGGCAGCCACCCCAGGACUACCCUCAGUCCAUGGAGCCUGAUCUGCCACCUGGAUACACCUAUCCGCAAAUCGGCAUGGAAUACCGGAAUGGACCCAUGCCUCAAGAUGUCCAGUUGGCAGAGCCCGAUGAUUUGGAAGCUGUUCAGGUUGAACCCGUUGAGCACGCCCCUCCAGCUCUCUCCACUUUAGGAGAAGGCCUGGAAUGUCAUGCAAUGGUGAGGCCACUCCAAGAGCCACAAGUACCAAUGGUAAAAGAAGAUGCCACGAGUCUGGUUGAGGAACAGCCGGAGUUCGCACAAGGGGAAGAUAUGGAGACAGUUAUGGCCAUGGGUUGCUGUGAACCAGUAGAGGCUGAUCAGGGAAAGGAGCAGCCAGAAUUGCUCAUCUGCCCACCAGAUGAAGGUCCAGUUUGUGAAGUAGGACAAGGACCUAUCAUACCAUCCAAGGAAGAAAUCCAACAUAGUGACCCAACUGUUACCUGUGAAGAAGAAAAGAGUGAAAACGUAACUCCUCAAGAGAACGAUGACAUUGAGACACUAGAAGAUCAGGGAGCUCCAUUACCAGAACAAACAAGCGUUACUGAUUGUUUACCCAACCAGCUGCCAAACACCACCACUCAGGCAGAGGUUGUAGUUAUGGAAGUAGAUGAUCAACAGAAAAACUGUGUGGAGAUACCAUCUCCGUUGCUGAAUGCCUGCUCCCAGAGAAUUGUGUCAAGUUACUGGAGUUUGGAGCUCCUGAUUGCUGCAGCCUUCUGUGGGGACUGUCCUCCACCCUCUUCACCUUCCUCUUCCCCAUACCAGAAAUACGGUGGCCCAAUCAACUCCACAUAUCAUGGCAUGGAAUUGCUGAGUGAGCUGGCUGAUCUGGAACUGCAACAGUAUCGGCAACGUUGUGGUAAAGCUCAAGAGGAUCAAUGGAUUUUUGACCUACAAAGUCUUGCUACUUUGGCAGCAGCUCGUGCUCUUGAAUUAAACUCACAGGAGAGCAGUGCCACAGAUGCUGAGAAACAGUAUCCUGCUCGAAGAACUCUCAAUCUGCGCAGAAAAUGCAGCUGGACGCCACGCCACGAGCCGGUGUGUGCAGUGAAAGGUGCUAUGGACAGUAUGGAUGGUCCCGAGCUGGAGAUGCGCAUGAGGUUAGCAGAGUUGCAACAGCGUUACAAAGAGAAACAGAAAGAACUGGCCAAACUUCAGAGGAAACACGAUCACCAAAAAGAGGAGACACCUCGUAGUCCUGCACGUCGAGGGCCUGGCAGACCACGCAAACGUAAAUCAGCUCCUGGCCUUGGCCCCGGAACCCUUACAGAACCCCAGAAAAAAGUCAAGUUGGUGGGGGCGGGGCUAAGUCCACUGGAGGAGGAGCAGCGGGGAGGCGGAGACUCUCAGAGGAAGAAGAAAAAACUGUCCAGUCCAGGGUUUGGCCGUCUUAACUCUGCACAGAUUAAGUCACAGUGUUGUCCAAAGAGCUGUCUGCAAGAUCAACACAUGAGUCAACUCAAGCAGAAGAUCACAGGUGGACAAACAACCUCUGGAGCUGCGUCACGGGACCGAGAGUCUUCCUCAGCUUCUAAGAGCCUGUACUCCAGCCAGAGUAACUCCAAAGCAGAGUCCACACACCUCAGCACGACCAACGAGUCUGAGAGCCUGAGCGAUACAGGCACCAGUGGGGACAGCGGGACUCGGUUGUGCUGGAAGAGACAUGAACCUGCAGCUGUUAAACGAGGAAGGAAGAAAGGUUGUAGAACAGCAGCAUGCUUGCAGCGGCCAGGGGCCCGGACCCCCCAGGGCAGGGGACAGGACGUGGACGAGGAAGGAGAGACGUCCCCCCCAGAGAGUGUGUCCUCUGAGCAAGAGGAAGAUGAAGAGGAAGGCAGUUAUGGCAGUGAGCAAGGCCAAGACAUCAAAGCACCAGUGUUCAGGGAUUUAUCCUUCAGCUCGUCUGUCACAGGCCCCUCCCCUUUUUCUGUUGUCAAACUGGAAGCCAAUCAGAAGGCAAAGAUUAAGCGGGAACGUCAGGAACUUAACGGAUCCCAGCUUCGCUCUGUAACAGAAGGUGAUGUGAAGGUGAAGCAGCGGGCCCCCUGUCGAGCCAUACCCAUCCCUGUCUCCAAACCUUCAGACAGAAGACGACCGGGUCGGCCCAGACUGCAGGACAAACGCUGGUCUGGGAUCACAGGCAGGCCAGGUCAUUACAGAAAGAGUGGCGGCCUCCUCUCGUUCUCCAGCAGCACCAGUGAGCGACUAAAGAGAGCCACACAGAAGAGCUCAAUGCUGAGAGCCACGAGGAGAAGUUACUGGUCAACUGGGGCUCAGUCUCCAGAAAGCGAUGAUAACAACAGCACUCGGAGAACCAGAUUAAGAGAGUCUAAGGGUCGAGCGGUCAACCGUCUGCUAGAGAGCUUUGCGGCAGACGAUGGGUUCCACCUGGGUGAAGACAGCAGCUUCUCAGAUGAGGAUGAGGAGAAGAAGAGUUCAUCUCAUACCAGAACUCCUCCAGUGCCUCCAAACUGUGUGCUGACCAAAGAACUGCUGACAGAUGGACUGAAGAUUCUGAUCUCUAAAGAAGAUGAGCUUCUGUAUGCGGCUCGUGUGAGUCCUGUGGAGUCUCCAGAUGUCUACAGCAUUGUUAUCAAUGGUGAGAGAGGAAACCGGCCCAGAAUCUACUCCCUGGAGCAGCUCUUGCAUGAAGCUGUGUUGGACGUACGCCCUGAAAGCGAGGCUGUGCUUACAGAGGGUACUAGAGUGUGUGCAUACUGGAGCGAGCGCUCGCGAUGUCUUUACCCAGGAUAUGUGCGAAGGGGUGUUGCUGGUGAUGCAGGUAAACCUGGUGGAGUUAUGGUGGAAUUUGAUGACGGGGACAGAGGGUGGAUAUCUCUUUCUAAUAUUCGCUUUCUUCCACCCAAUUAUCAAAUCCAAUGUGCCGAGUCGGACACUGUGCUUGUUUCUGAUGGACAGUUUGGCAGAAGCAGCUCAACCCAAGAGAAUGGGACUCUGAGUGAGAGGACGACAAGUACAGACAGAUCCAGAGGUCAGGAAAAACCAGUUAGAGGACCAGGGAGGCCUAAGGGUUCAGGGCUGAGGAAGUCUAUCUCAAACAAUGUGGUGAAGAGCUCAGCAUCUUCUUUGACCUGGUCAUCAUUAGAUGCACCAAGGAGGAGAACACAGAUGAAUUUUUUCCAGCUUAAUGGCUCAGACUCGAAGAAAGCCUUGAAAGGCAGGGUGGUGGAAACAUCUCCUCGACCUUCAGUCUCAAUGAUGACACCAGCCAAAGGUCUCUUUAGUAGUAGCUCCUUUGAGGUGGACUCGUUCAGCAGCAUAGCCAAUGGUUAUUCAUGCUUCAGGAUGUCACUGGAGGGCAAAAGCAACUCUUGCGUUCAAAAGAGUAGGACUAAGGAGCCAGCACCAACUCGGGGUAGGAAAGCAGAAUUUCUAGUGAAACUGGACCAUGAAGGUGUAACAUCUCCAAAGACUAAGAGUAGCAAGGCUCUUCUGUUGCUCAGAGCUUCUGGUUUUGGCUCCAACUGUAUAGGUGGUCUGCCCAGGACAGAGGUUUAUUCCCACCCAGUCCUGCUGGUCAAGGACAAUAGGAAAGGUGAUGGCUCCCGAGCAGAGCUCUUGCUGAAAGGGACGCAGGGCCAGAGGAAGCCAUCGCCAUCCUUGCGCAUGAAUGAGUAUAAAGACUUGAACCUUGGCUGCCAUAGAGACUGCCACAGCUCCUACUCGGACAUGGAUGAGGAAGACCAAAGAAGAAGAACAGGCAGUGCAGCACUUACUCCAGCCUCGGGAGGUUUAAGGACAGCUGACAGAUUUCUCUCGAGCAUUUCAGUGUCAUCAUCUUCUUCAGGUUCCUCAAGCUCCUCAAGUUCAGGUUCUCUCUCCAGUUCCAGCUUGUGUUCCUCUGACAACGACUCAUCCUACAGCUCGGAGGACGAGGAGAGCUCCACACUGCUGCUGCAGAGCUGCUUGACCCCACACCACUCUCUGAUCCAGACCCCUGAACCCCCUUCUGGACCUCCACGACACUCAUUUGUGGCCAAAGCUGUGGCCGUGUCCAGUGCCAAAGGUGGUAGCAACAGUGUUAGCAGCAAGCCUCAGAAGAGGAAAGAGUGUCCCAGCUCACUCUCCAAAACCUCGAAGGAGCUUCUUAAGAGGCAAAGGCUUCUGACAGACCAGACCAAGCCCAGACUGUCACCCAUCCUGCCAUCUAGACAGCUGUGGAGGUGGUCUGGAAACCCCGCACAGCACCGUGGAUCGAAGGGGAAGGCCCAGAAGCAUUUUUACAAGGCCAUAGUACGAGGCAAGGACAUGGUUCGUGUAGGAGACUGUGCCGUGUUCCUUUCAGCUGGCCAGCCUCAUCUGCCACUAAUCGGACGCAUUGAGAGUUUCUGGGAAUCGUGGCAGAGCAGUAUGGUUGUGAAGGUCAAGUGGUUCUACCACCCCGAAGAGACCAAGCUUGGCAACAGACACCGUGAUGGCAAACAUGCCCUGUACCAGUCGUGCCAUGAGGAUGAGAAUGACGUCCAGACGAUCUCUCAUAAGUGUCAGGUUGUUACCCGUGAGGAAUAUGAGCAUUUGACCUGCAACAGGAAGUCUAAUGGAAGCUAUCAUGACCUGUACUACCUGGCCGGCACCUACGACCCCACCAACAGCCAGCUGCUCACUGUGGAAGGGAUGUCCUUACUCUGUUAGAACUGCACUUGCUUAUCCAAGCAUACUACUGAGUUGUCUGUGGUUCGGUGUCAGGGAUGUUUUCAAAAUUGAGCUGUGGUGCACUGGACACGGACCAGGAGGUAGCAUACCACCCCACAUACCCAAAAACUCUGUCUACUCGGGGGGAGAAAUAUGGAUGCUUCCACUAGCGAUACUUUACCAGUAGAUGCAGUUUGUCCAUGGUCUUAAUGCUCUUCUGAGUUCACCUAACAAACAUCUAACAGACUAUGGUUUUCGAUCCCCAAAGCAGAACACUUGGUUUGGAGAACAUGGCGUCUAACUGAAAAGACUUGAGCCAUGUCAUAGGUGGAGACGUGUGGAGCGUUAUCGCCACUUUCAUGAUUCCAGGGAUAUUUAAGAUAUAAUAAGUUCAUUUAUGUCUGUAUAUACAGUAUAUAGGGAAUUAUUUCCUAUUAAGCCAUACACUUCAGUACCUCUUAACAAGACUUCUUAUUCAGGUGUAUAUUGUACAGGUCACUUUUUUUUUUUUUUUUUUUUUUUAAUGUUAUUUUUGUCAUGGUUUGUUUAUAUGUAUAUACAAAACUAUUUUAUAUAAGUGUAAUGUACAGAGGCUAAACUUACCAUGUUUUGAUUGGUUUAUUUUUGUAUAAGUGGCUGACAUGGUAGUUGUUGUUGAUUUCUCUCUGAGAGGGUGAGCUGAAUAUGUAUGUAUUGCACUGCACAUGGCCUGCUGAGACAGUGAGGGGGUUUGGGUUCCCGCCCUGUUCUUACGGGGCGGCAUCCCACUAUCAGCUGCAGUUUUGCCGUUUGUUCCUCUAAUGUCUUACUCCUGUUUGUUGUUGCCUAUAUUUGCAGACUCUAAACACUUUAGCAUUAAAACGAAGGGAAAAUGUCAUGUGACACUUUAAAAUCGUUCCACAAAAUUUAUAUUACCUACCAGUAGGAUUCUGCUAUCAAUAAUUAAAUUGAUUCAGUGUUUCAUAUGACAAUUCUCUUCUUAUACAGAGAAUAGAAAUUAAGAAAUGUCCAUGUCAUUUCACCCAUAUAUACAUAUAUAUAUAUAUAUAUAUAUAUAUAUAUAUAUAUAUAUAUAUAUAUAUAUAUACACCGAUCAGCCACAACAUUAAAACCACCUGCCUAAUAUUAUGUAGGUCCCCUCGUGCUGCCAAAACAGCACCAACCCGCAUGUCAUAAUAGCAUUCUGAGAUGAUAUUCUUCUCACCACAAUUGUACAGUGCGGUUAUCUGAGUUACCGUAGACUUUGUCAGUUCGAACCAGUCUGGCCAUUCUCUGUUGACCUCUCUCAUCAAGGCAUUUUCGUCCACAGAACUGUCGCUCACUGGAUGUUUUUGCCACCAUUUUGAGUAAAUUAUAGAGACUGUUGUGCGUGAAAAUCCCAGGAAAUCAGCAGUUACAGAAAUACUCCAACCAGUCCGUCUGGCACCAACAAUCAUCCAUGCGAUUAUCUAAUCAGCUAAUCGUGUGGCAGCAGUGCAGUGCAUAAGAUCAUGCAGAUAUGGGUCAGGAGCUUCAGUUAAUGUUCACAUCAACCAUCAGAAUGGGGAAAAAAUGUGAUCUCAGUGAUUUGCACCGUGGCAUGAUUGUUGGUGCCAGACGGGCUGGUUUGAGUAUUUCUGUAACUGCUGAUCUCCUGGGAUUUUCACGCAAAACAGUCUGUUAUUCCCACAAAAUUAUUUUCACUCUAAUGUGCAAAGAUCUCAGUCUCAUCAUUGUAAUACAGUAAUCAAAAUCUUCCUCUCUGGACACAAUAUAUUUGAUUAAAAACAGCAUAACUUCGCCACAUGUUUUAGACACUGUGUAAAGUUAAUGGUGCACUCAGUAACCUUUUGUUCAUGUCAUCUUGGACAUCUAGUGGUGUGGAUGCAGCAUCAUUUAAAAUCAAUAGUUUUCAGUUUCAGAUGCCAUAGUAUAAAUUCACUAUUCACAAAGUGUCCAAUAACAAGACGGUUAGUGAGAUUAAGCGAGUAGUAUUCAGCUGGUCAUGUGAUUCUAAAAUGGCAGCCCCCGCCCCAUGAGGGCGCCCCUGCCCCAUGUAGAAUAAAACAGCUUUUAGAAGGUUACUGAAAUUACUAGAGUCCUCAUCUCAUAUGAGUGGUCAUGAUUUUAUUCAUAUGUUUCAAUAUUACUAUUAAUUUCCUUAGGAGUAAAACUUUUUUAAUGGGGAAAAGAGUGCACCUUUAAAAAUAACUUCGAGACUUCUGCUUUCCGUUUAAUUUGUUGUGCUGCGUCUAGCUUUUUUGUCAAUUCGACAUUCUAAAAUAAUUCAGGUUACAAAGAGGACUUCAUGUGACUAUUACACAUGAUUUCAGAUUGUUUGUCACCCGGCAAAGUUUCAGCACUUAAAAAAAAAAAAAAAAUGGUUAACUAAUGUUUUUGCCUUUUACUGCCUUAUGAAAACUGUGUAUGUUUACUGUUACGAAUGUUGCCUACAAUGCUUAAAUAAAAUACAGACUACUGCAAAACAUUUACUUACUUGGAGAAGAAAUUAUAAAAAGAGUGAAUGAUUUGGGGUUGGGUCCCACAGUCCCAGGUACGGGCUUCAACUUAAUGCCCAUGCAGACAGUGAACCCUGAUGAGAAUGAGAUUUUUUUGCACUAAUUUAUGUGCUUCCCAAGUCACUAACAGUUAACCUUCUGUUUAAUGUAGUGUGGCGUAAUAGCUUUGGGAGACCACAAGGGGGUGAUAUAACAUUUACUGAACUUAAUACUGGAGGACGCAUUGAUGCGGUGCAGGUGGCCCAAACUUGUGAAUCUACUCACCAUACACACAAAAGCUAUGAAGGUGUUUGUACUUAUUCAAGAAGGAACAAAGUGACGUUGAUGAGUUUGCAGGUUAGUGGAUGAAACUGGUGUAACUGCUCAAACUGAACGAUUAGAAAUGGCGACAUUUAUUAUGCAAUUUUUCUGAACGUAGCCUUGAAUAGGUUUCAUUCAAGCUGUCAAACCACGAAAAUACAUUGUGUAGGCUAUAUGAAAAAUACACAGAAACAAUCUAUCAUCCAGUGAUAGAUAGAGUGAAUUGAAUGGAAAACUAUGCGAGUUGCACUGGGUGUACCUUCAUAGAAAAUAAUUGUUUCGAAUUUUAGAUCGUGCUAUAUCGUCCGCCAGAUGCGUCCCUUUUAAGUUACCCUGCCGCUCACACUUUACCAAAAUUGUGUUGAGAAAUAUGUAUUAAGAUACAAAACAACUAGUGUGCAACGAGUAGACUUAUUUAUAUUUGAAAAACUGGCAACAUAGAAUGAUAAUUAUCUGGGAAAAUUUCUGAUUAUGGAUGCGUAAAAAAAAAGGAUCAAUACCAAGUCAAAUAAUAAUGAGCAUUUGGGAGAAACAUAUACUUAACUGUCAUGAAAAUAAUGUCACAAUGCAAAAAAAAAAAAAAAAAAAAAAUAGGUUUCUUUUUCUUUAUGUAAAAUAUAAUUUAUUAUUCCUUUUGAUUUUAUGUUGAAAUAUGACAUGCAAAUAUUCAUGACUGGUUUUGUGAGAUUAACUCGAAAUACUGGUAUGGAGUACCAGAAGAACCUGAAAAAGUAUAUUUCACUUCCAACAUGUGUUAUUACUGUAUCUGAUGCAUUUUUUGUUGUCAAAUGCAUCCUGCACUGUAUUUAUGUAUUGCUUUGCUUUUUCAACCAUUUUGACCACAUUUUUUAUUUUAGUAUCAAUCAAAAAGUGGUAUGUCGGUUAAGGGUGAGUGAGACCUAAACCUGUAGUAUCCCAAGGUCAGGGCACUAAAACAAGGGACUGUUUGAGCACUAGGCACUGCUGGAGUUGGUAGAGUAGUUGGUAUACAGUCAGACUGUAUCUCAUGCACUCAUUUCUCACUGUGAGCGACAAUCGCAUUCAUUCAUGAAAGAGUGUCCACCAUUUGAAAGGCUCACGCAAUCACAGCAUUUCUUUGUUUGUGGCAAAAAAAAAAAAUCUUUUUUGAUUAUGCAGUGUUCACUGUACAAGUUUUUUUUUUUUUAUGUAUUUUUUUAUUUUUAUGUUCCUUUCUAAUCACUAAUGUUUAUUUAUUGUCAGUGUUGCUGUUUCAUCAUAAAACCAACAGAUAUUAAUGAAAAUGUCUUAUUUGAUGGGAUCUGUUUAAAGGAAUAGUUCACCCAGAAAUGAAAAUUCUGUUGUUCCAAAACCUUAUAUAUUGGCGCUCGACUUGAUUUUCCAUUUUCAGUGGAAUAUACUGUAAUGUACCAGAAGAAAUAUAUACCACAUCUUCUAACAUCUCUUCAGACUGCCAAAUAUGAGGAUAUUUGUCAACCUGGUCUCAUAGAAUCACGUUACUGUAAUGAUUUUGUCGUGCAUCGUUGUACGUAUUGCGGCAGUUUCCAGGAGAAAUUACCACUGGAGGCACUACAACAACAAUAACUUUUCACUUUCACAAAAAUCAUGAGUAAAAAUUAAGCAAAUUAUCAGUUUAGAAACACGUUUCGCCCUGUUCAUCACAACGCUAUCUUAUGACAUCUAAACACUUUUACUAGAGCGCAUGACUCAUUUUAAUGUUUGCAUUACAUAACCAACUACAUUUAUAAGCUUGUUCUGGCAUGAUCAAAUUGUGCAGUAGUUCAACUGAUAAAGCGCUGCACUUGCACUGCAAAGGACCGGGGUACAAGUCCUGAAGAUCACGCAAGCCGAAAGUGUCAUAGAAGUGCCACAGAAUUAUUAGUUGCUUCAGCAAUUGUGUUUUUUAUCUGACAUAUGCCUUUUCUGAUAAUAUCGGUUAGAUCUACAGUUGAAGUCAGAAGUUUACAUACACCAUAGCCAAAUACAUUUAAACUCCAUUUUUCACAAUUCCUGACAUUUAAUCAUAGAAAACAUUCCCUGUCUUAGGUCAGUUAGGAUCACCACUUUAUUUUAAGAAUGUGAAAUGUCAGAAUAAUAGUAGAGAGAAUGAUUUAUUUCAGCUUUUAUUUCUUUCAUCACAUUCCCAGUGGGUCAGAAGUUUACAUACACUUUGUUGGUAUUUGGUAGCAUUGCCUUUAAAUUGUUUAACUUGGGUCAAAUGUUUUGGGUAUCCUUCCACAAGCUUCUCACAAUAAGUUGCUGGAAUUUUGGCCCAUUCCUCCAGACAGAACUUGUGUAACUGAGUCAGGUUUGUAGGCCUCCUUGCUCUCACACGCUUUUUCAGUUCUGCCCACAAAAUUUCUAUCGGAUUGAGGUCAGGGCUUUGUGAUGGCCACUCCAGUACCUUGACUUUGUUGUCCUUAAGCCAUUUUGCCACAACUUUGGAGGUAUGCUUGGGGUCAUUGUCCAUUUGGAUGACCCAUUUGCGACUGAGCUUUAACUUCCUGGCUGAUGUCUUGAGAUGUUGCUUCAAUAUAUCCACAUAAUUGUCCUUCCUCACCAUGCCAUCUAUUUUGUGAAGUGCACCAGUCCCUCCUGCAGCAAAGCACCCCCACAAUAUGAUGCUACCACCCCAUGCUUCAUGGUUGGGAUUGUGUUCUUCCUCCAAACAUAACAAUGGUCAUUAUGACCAAACAAACAGUUCAAUUUUUGUUUCAUUGGACCAGAGGACAUUUCUCAAAAGAGUAAGAUCUUUAUCCCCAUGUGCACUUGCAAACUGUAGUCUGGCUUUUUUAUGGUGGUUUUGGAGCAGUGGCUUCUUCCUUGCUGAGCGGCCUUUCAGGUUAUAUCGAUAUAGGACUCAUUUUACUGUGAAUAUAGAUACUUGUCUACCUGUUUACUCCAGCAUCUUCCCAAGGUCCUUUGCUGUUGUUCUGGGAUUGAUUUGCACUUUUCGCACCAAACUGCGUUCAUCUCUAGGAGACAGAAUGCGUCUCCUUCCUAAGCGGUAUGAUGGCUGCGUGGUCCCAUGGUGUUUAUACUUACAUACUAUUGUUUGUACAGAUGAACAUGGUACCUUCUGGCUUUUUGGAAAUUGCUCCCAAGGAUGAACCAGACUUGUGGAGGUCUACAAUUUUUGGCUGAUUUCUUUUGAUUUUCCAUGAUGCUAAGUAAAGAGGCACUGAGUUUGAAGGUAGGCCUUUAAAUACAUCCACAGGUACACCUCCAGUUCAGUACACCUCCUAUCAGAAGCUAAUUGGCUAAUUGUCUAAAGGCUUGACAUCAUUUUCUGGAAUUUUCCAAGCUGCUUAAAGGCACAGUUAACUUAGUGUAUGUAAACUUCUGACCCACUGGAAUUGUGAUAUAGUCAAAUAAAAGUGAAACAAUCUGUCUGUAAACAAUAGUUGGAAAAAUUACUUGUGUCAUGCACAAAGUAGAUGUCCUAAAUUACUUGCUAAAACUAUAAUUUGCUAAUAUUAAAUCUGUGGAGUGGUUAAAAAAUGAGUUUUAAUGACUUCAGCCUAAGUGUAUGUAAACUUCUGACUUCAACUUGUAUGUUUAAGGUUUUGGGUAGGGAGGUCGGUUUUGUUGAUUUUAAACUCGAUAGAGCAUUAACCAUAAAAACCUCAUCUGUUUGGGAGAACAUUAAACUUGCUUUUAGCACCUAACAGUGGACAUUUCGACACAGAACUGCUGCAAUACCACGUAAUAUUAACAAAUGCAAUGUAAACAGUAUUCAGUAAGUAGUAAGUUAAUAUUCCAUUCUGAACAAGGCCUGUGUUUAUGACAUUAGACUAUGAUUGAUAUGUAUUAGGACUUGAUUAUGUUUGAUUAUUUAUAAAACUCCUCAAUUAAUCAGAACAAGGUUUAUAUAAAAAAAGGUCUGUGUGUUUGUGUGUGAGCAAGUAUGUGUGCCUUUUGUACUUCGCCUUUAUGUUUGACUGUUUUGACACAGGAGGGAACUGGAUAGAGUCAUGAAUGUACUUUGCAUAAAUUAAGCAUGUGUAUUAUCUUAAGACCUGUCUGUAAGUCUUUACAAACAGAAUCAGAGUUGCUGUUGGUUACAAUCUCCUUUCCAUUCAGGGGAGAAGUGUGAUUAGUGUUCCCAAAUGAAAGUCAGUGUUUUUGUUGUAAGGGAACGUAGAUAUUCAGAUCAGCACGUCUGAUCCAUUACAAGAGCAGGUCACUUGCCCAAGGCAAAGGUGCAAUACUACUUUGGCUAAAUAUCGACAUUUUGAGGCUUUUUGCAAAGGCUGAUUGAUAACAGGAAUCACAAGGAGGACGCAGGAACGUCUGUCCUUUUUAACAGGCUUUCUUUAAAUGUCUGUUUUGCUUUAUAUGCAAAAAAAGCUGCGAGGUGUGUACUUCUAUUCCGCUUGUCAGAGAGUCUCUUUUUGAGUAUGAGAUGUUCUAACAUUGUUAAUGAAAAAUGAUGUAAAUCUUUAUAUUUUCUUUUUAUUUUAUUUUUUUUAUUGUAUUUUUUCUUUCUUUUCUCUGAAAUGUUGUAAAGAUUGUAAAUGUGUAAAGUAAGGUUUGGUUUUAGAGUAAACAUUUUACCAAAAAACAAAACAAACAAACAAACACUUUAUGAGUAUCAACUGUAAAUGUGGUUUAGUAUUACAAUUUUUUAUAGAGGGCUUAUAAAUAA